AUGAGUGACGAUGAAGAAUCGUUUAAUCAUUUAUCUGAUCGUUUACAAUCCGUACAAAUAGAAGAUGAAGAUGCAUCUCGUUAUUAUAUUAAUUACAUAAGUGAAUCAGACGAAGAUGAAGCUGGUAUUCCGGAUUCGACACAAAUUGAUGAUGAUAUCGAUGUAUCCUUAUUACCACAGGAUUUAAUUAUAACACAAGUACCAAAUGAAUUAUUUAUAAACGAUCAACUAAAAACCGAAUUUGAAGCAAUAUUUCGUCGAUAUGAUCCAAAUAUAAUUGUUUUAUAUUUGAAAUUUUUUCAACGUGUUCGUAUUACAUUUACUAAUUCAUUGAAUGCAUUACACGCUCGUAUUAACGUGCAUGAAUGCAAUUUUCAUGGAUCCAAAUUUAAAACAUAUUUUGCUUGUCCACUACCUAUUCGAUCAACAGAGACUUAUUUACGCCCUCCAGAACCUGAAAAAUUAUUCUUAAUUUCACCACCAGCCUCUCCGCCAGUGGGUUGGGAACAAAAAAUUGAAGAUCCACCGAUAGUUGAUUUAAAUUUAUUAGCAGCUAUUGCACAAUUGCAGCCAAAUGAAGCCCAUGAAGUAUUACCGAGUCAAGGAAAUUUACCCAAAAUAAUUAUUCAUACAUGUGCUGAUUCAGAACCACAAGAUGAAUACAGCAGUACAUUAAGACAAAAAUUAAUUAAACCAACUUUAGUUCAAACACGACGUCCUCCACCGACUCAAUCUCAAACAUAG